AUGAAAUUCACUUCAUUUGCAUAUUUCAAUAAGGUUUUCAUGGGUCUUGAUUUUGUCCCAUUAGAAAAUGAGCAACCAGUUCGUGGUGGAUUCUACAGAAGUUCACAGAUUUUUAUCCCACUUGCUAAAUUUAUGAAUGUUCCAUUAGAUCAAAUUAAUUAUGUUGUUAGUGGAGUGAUUAGCAUCGGUCUGGGUCAAUUAAUGCGACGCCGGUUAUCACCUCAGAAAUGCUCUCCACGAAUUCGUGCAGUUUUUGAAACCUUAUUUGGUCUGUUGUUAUUAUCAUUUUGCUUUGGUAAUCAAUUGCGUGUAUUAUUGAUACAAUCAAGUAUUGCUUAUCUAUUCAUGAUGUGUCUACCUAGUAAUCAUUUUAUGGCUGUAUUAGUGACAAUUUGGUCGUUAUUUUAUCUUACAUUAGUACAUAUUUGUCGAUUAAAAUAUGAUUAUGGGGGAUAUACACUGGAUAUUUCUGGACCAGUAAUGGUACAAACUCAACGUUUAUCUAGUUUAGCGUUUAAUCUUGUCGAUGGUGUAUCAGUGCGUAAAAUGUCUGGUCCAAAUUAUUGUAAAUCACAACAAACUAAUUGUUCCACCAAUGAAAUAAUCAAUCGUGAUGAAACUGUGGAACAAUUCCCACCUUGUUGCAAAGGGAACGCAUUCACUGAACUUGAUACAACAACAAUGAUAAUGACUUCGAAAUUGAAGUCAAACACUAUUCAUUAUCAUGCGCCAAAUCAUUGUAAAUCAAUGCAACGUGCUACUGCUAUUGGGUCGGAUAGUCAUUCUGUCAUGAUGAAUAUCCCUACAAGUCAUAAAUUACAUGCUGUUGAGAAAAUUCCAGAUCCGAUCAUAUUUUUUGCAUACAUGCUUUAUUUUCAUGGUGUAUUUGUUGGACCUUUCACGUUUUUUUCUGAAUAUAUGGAUUAUCUUAAAGGUUACACAAGCAGAGAAUUACCUCCAAUCAAUAUGCGUUAUUUAAUCACUUUAUUUCUACGUACAGUAGCUUCGGGCCUAUCAGCUGCCUAUUUAUGUCCUUAUUUCCCGUUUGAAUUUGUUUUAACUGAGCCGUUUACAAAUUACUCCAUGUUGCAUCGUAUUUUAUAUGUAACCAUUUCUCUAUUCUUAAUUCGACAAAAGUACUACUUUGCAUGGGGUUUAGCUGAAGUCAACGGAGUGGCUGUCGGUGCUGGUUAUACUGGCCAGUGUCCACGCACAGGUGCUACAUUAAAUCAUAACAUUCGCAAUUUUGAUUUCAUUAAAGUUGAAACUGGUAUUAGUUUAAAACAUGUUAUCGAUGCAUGGAAUAUCUCAACUACACGAUGGUUACGUGAAACAUUUUAUGAUCGUCUUCCAUCAGCUUAUCGUACAAUCCUUGUCUUUAUUAUAAGCGCUUUUUGGCAUGGCUUUUAUCCUGGCUAUUAUAUUAUGUUUUUAUCGUUUGCCUUAUUCACUAUGACCUCACGUCUAUGGCAUCGUCAUUGUCGUCAAUAUUUCCGUAGAAAUUAUCUCUCCAGUCAACUCUAUAGUGUAUUUACCAUGAUCAUUACUAAUUUAAUUGUAAAUUAUGGUCAAGCACCAUUUCACCUAUUAGAUUUCUAUUCAUCAUUGAAAUUUUUACGUAUAUUCUAUUUUAUACCGCAUCUAAUUGCUGUCGGUAUUUUGUUUAUCUAUUUUUCCAAAGUAUGCAUUAUAAAAUUAUCACUUAAGUAUCAGCUUGAUAUUAAGAGGUUUGAUUAUGAUAAAAGUAAUGAUGAUAAAAGUCGAAAAUUAUCAAUUUCUUCAAAUCAUGAUCGUGGUUUUGGUGGCCAUUAA